GGUGUGAGCGCGCAGCCAGAGACGCGUUUGGGACGGAGGCGGAGAUUUGGUCGCUGUCGGCCCCCGUAAGCCGCGAGUGUGCUCUCGAUUCCUGCUCGGGUAGCUGCCGUUGUGGAGAGCAAGAGGGCCGCCAUGAGCGAGAAGGGGGAGCUGGACCUGACCGGGGCCAAGCAGAACACGGGCAUGUGGCUCGUCAAGGUUCCCAAAUACUUGUCCCAACAGUGGAAUAAAGCAUCAGGAAGAGGUGAAGUAGGAAAGCUAAGAAUUGCCAAAAACCAAGGAAGAACAGAAGUAUCUUUCACUUUGAAUGAAGAUCUUGCAAACAUUGAUGAUAUUGGUGGAAAGCCAACUUCCAUCAGCGCACCCAGAGAGCAUCCUUUUCUUCUACAAAGUGUGGGAGGACAGACAUUAACUGUGUUUACAGAGAGCGCCUUAGAGUGCCAGGCAGAUGAAAAAUCAGAGAGCAGUAAUACUGAGAAACUAUCACUGGAAGGAAUAGUGGUCCAGCGUGCCGAAUGCCGGCCUGCAGCCAGUGAAAACUAUAUGAAGUUGAAAAGGCUACAAAUUGAAGAAUCUUCCAAACCUGUAAGCUGGACAAUGCAGUUGGAUAAAGCUGUAACCACAAACUACAAACCUGUGGCAAACCAUCAGUAUAAUAUUGAAUAUGAAAAGAAGAAGAAAGAAGAUGGAAAGCGAGCGCGGGCUGAAAAGCAGCAAGUGCUGGACAUGCUUUUUUCAGCUUUUGAAAAACAUCAGUAUUAUAACAUUAAAGAUUUGGUUGAUAUAACAAAACAGCCAGUGAGCUACUUGAAAGAAAUUUUAAGAGAAAUAGGCAUCUACAAUGUUAAAGGAACGCACAAAAAUACCUGGGAACUUAAACCAGAGUAUCGACAUUAUCAAGGUGAAGAUAAGAGUGAUUAAUACAACUACAAAUUACACCAUCAGAGAAGCUGUCGAUUAUGGGUACAGGAAGAGCAAGAUGCACAUUUUAUCUCUUAAGACAACGGGAGUUAAAUAGUUGUGGUAUGUGCCGCUAUGAUUUUUAAAAAAAGAUUUAGUAGAGAACAUUCUGUAUCUUUUUGGUAUAUUGGUUUGACAACCAUUUUAUAGAAUAAACUUUCUUUGGUGCUUAGACUGUUUUUGCAUUUUGUAAAAAUAAUGUUAGCAAGGAGACUAGAAGUAUUAUUUAUUUUUUGCAUAUGUUCUGUUGUUAACAUUUUAUGUGGUCUUGAAUCUUGGAAGUGAAGUGGAACUCGAGACCAGAUCAUGGGAUGCUCUACAACUUUUAGGACCAUGGCAUAUCAAGGAUGACCAAAAACUAGGACAUAUUUUGAAUAUAUUCUAAAAUGUUCCAUAGAGCAAUAAAAGGAAUUGGAAGAUUGCAUUUGCUACACACUGAUGAUAAAAGAAAAAGUUAUCAGAAUUUGAAGUAAGAAUUUUUGUAUUCAUUUUGUUUCUGCAUUAAUAAAAAGUAUCUUUUAAAAUUGUAAAAA